AUGGCCUACCUUUUUGGGAUUCUUCGGGAUUCAAAUGGCCUACCUUUGAUUGGAUUUUCGGCAUAUCUUGGGGAAACUACAUGUAUCCGUGCAGAGGCUCGUGCCCUCCUUAUUGGUCUUCAAACAUGUGUACAUAAGGGUUUUGGGAAUCUCUAUGUGCAAUCUGAUUCUUUGGUUUUAGUUGGAAUUCUUCAGCAUCGCAUUCAGUGCCCCUGGCAGAUUCGACGGGAGAUUAGGCAGAUUUGGCAGUUCGUGGAAGAUCCUGAUCGCUUUUCACAUUGCUACAGAGAGGCUAACACGGUGGUUGAUGUGUUGUCCAAUGUGAGCGUAUCUCAUCCAGAGCAGCAAGUCAAGAUAUACGAGACCUUUAAUACGCUUCCACGUAUGGCUCGUGGGGCAAUUCGCCUCGAUAGACUAGGAUUGCCUUCUAUUCGAAAAAUUAGGUGUAUGUAA